AUGGUCGACGCCUCGGCUGCCUCCGUGCCUGCAACUACUUGCAACACUGCUAAAGAUGCGUCUUCUCCUUCUCCUGUAAUUGCGAGAUUCUCAUCCCUGCUGCAGAACACGGCAGAAGCGGAUAUCGAGUCCAUCCAGGUUCCCAAGCCCGACGUAAACGAUCCUGCGACCUACAAGCGCAGCCAGGACCCCAACUGGAAGAACACGGGGCUUGACGACAUCUACGCCACAUGGGACAAGCUAGUGCCCGUGGAAGAUCUACCCAAAUAUGAAGAAAUGGGUCUCUUUCUAGUCGAGCACGACCCGCAAACAGCUCGUGAGUUGGAAAAGGCGUUUGUGCUUUUACGACGCAAAUUCAAGUGUCUUCCCAAGAAGUCCCAGAUGAAAUUUGCCUUGGGACUGUUGGUGCAAAAGGGUGCAGCACCAAAAGGUUUGGCACUGGAAAAAUUGCUUGUCAAAAAGGCCCAAAAGAGUCAGUCGGGUGUCCUAGUCGUCACAGUGCUCACCAGUCCGUACCCGACAGUGAAUGGCAAGAAGCAGAGGUUCAGCUGCCAGUGGAACUGCUACUACUGUCCUAAUGAGCCAGACCAGCCGAGAAGCUACUUGCACGAUGAGCCGAGUGUGCUACGAGCAAACCGCAACGACUUCGACCCCGUACUCCAGUUCUGUGACCGCUGUGUGACGCUAGCAAUGAAUGGGCAUCCAGUUGACAAGAUCGAGCUGCUAGUUCUCGGAGGAACGUGGGCAAGUUACCCUGUGGAAUACCAGGAGACCUUCAUCCGCGACUUAUUCUACGCAGCCAACACGUUUUUUGAGAGAGAGAAGCGAGAACGUCACAGUUUGGACGACGAGAAACUCGAGAAUGAAACUGCAGCCGUCAAGAUCAUCGGUAUCACACUGGAGACACGUCCGGACUGCAUCACGCCGGAGGAGCUGCGUCGAUUCCGGCGAUACGGGUGCACUCGUGUGCAGUUGGGUAUCCAACACACGGACGAUGCUAUCUUGAAGAAGAUUAAUCGUGGACACACGCUGGCUGAGGCGGUCCAGGCGCUCAAGCUCCUGCGUGACUGCUGCUACAAGACGGACAUUCAUCUGAUGCCGAACCUUCCUGGUAGUGACCCGGAGAAGGACCGUGCGAUGUUUGACUACGUGCUGCAUUCCCCGGACUUACAGGCCGAUCAGUGGAAGAUUUAUCCGUGUGAGAUCACCCCGUGGACUGUGAUUAAGAAGUGGUACGACGAAGGUAGCUACGUGCCGUACAGCGACGACAAACUCAUUGAGUUGCUGAUGGAUGUGAAGAUGGAAGUGCACCCGUGGAUCCGUCUUAACCGUGUGAUCCGAGAUAUCCCAAGUCAGUACAUUUUAGGAGGAAUGGACGAGCCGAAUCUGCGUCAAGUGAUUUGCAACAAGAUGAUUAAGCGAGGAACGCCAUGCAAGUGUAUCCGGUGUCGUGAGGUGAAGACUGAUGACGCUGCUAUUGCCUCUGCCGAGUGUGUUGUUCGUGAGUACGAAGCCAAUGAAGGUGACGAGUACUUCAUCAGCUUUGAGACUCCGGAUCGCUCCAAGAUUUGUGGCUUCGCCCGGCUACGUCUUUCUCAAACUCCUGGUGGUGGUGUGUUUCCGGAGCUUGAAGGUGCUGCGUUGAUCCGAGAGCUUCAUGUUUACGGCCAGCUAGUGGCUGCAAUUAGCAAGAAGACGAAAGCUAGUGCCUCGAAGGAUGCUGAAGGCUCGCAUGCUCAGCACACGGGCUUCGGUACGCAACUGAUGAUGAAGGCGGAGGAGAUUGCUCGAGCGCACGGCUACAAGAAGAUGGCUGUGAUCGCUGGAGUUGGCGUCCGAAACUUCUACAGACGACUGGGCUUUGAAGUGGAGGGUGAGGGAGAACUCAUGAUCAAGCAUCUGGAUGAGCUGCCAGUAGCAAGCAUCUGGUCCAACAUAACCGCGUUCGUUAACGAGAACUUGAGUCGCGAUUUCUCAACCACCCAGGUCCGUACGGCUAUCGUGAGCGCUGUUGUCGUUAGUGCAGUGACUGCAGCUGUGAUCAGGAGAAGAUAA